GGGGGGUGAGGAUGCAAAGUAUGUGCGUUUUAUGGUCCUGAAGAUCGCCUUCAUUCCCGUGGGGCUCAACUUGGCAUGAUUGUGUUAUCACUAUUACCCCCUUUUUUUCUUUUUUUGGUUUGAUGAGCUCAAGUUGGUGUGGUUGAUUUGGUAAUGUAACUGUCUUCACCUUAUGUGAUUAGUGCCCGGUCCUUGUCAACAUUAUGCAAUCUCUCUUGGUUUAGAGUGAUUUCAAUUUUUGCAUCAGUUGUUCAAUGUCCUAAUCUGGAUGAACCGUUAGUGAUACUGUAGUUUCCAAUUUUCAUGCCAUUCUCUCUCUCUUGCGUCUAGUGUUUUCUGACUGGCUUGCUUCCUUAAUCAAGGUGCUAUAGGCGAGGAAGUUAUCUGCCACUUUCCUUUACUUUUUUUUCCCAGAGAAGUGAAGUAAAAAGAAUGCUAGAGAAGUGAAGUAAAAAGAAUGCUUGUAAAGUGAAGGGAUUCUAAUAUCAUCAUAUAUGAUGUUCUUAUAGUGAGCAUCUGCAUCCAUCUUUGUCAAUCAUCAGCAACCGUAUAGACCACUGACAUAUAAGCUCCAUGGAUCUUGAUUGUGGAAGGUGUUGGAGCACCUCAAAGAAGACCUCUUGGAAAAAUACGUUGCUAUUAGCCUAUCAAAGUCUUGGUGUAGUAUAUGGGGACCUGAGCAUUUCCCCUCUCUACGUGUACAAGAGCUCAUUUGCUGAAGAUAUUCAACAUUCAGAGACAAAUGAAGAAAUUCUUGGCGUUCUUUCUUUUGUGUUUUGGACUUUAACUCUCGUUCCUCUGUUCAAGUAUGUGUUCGUAGUUCUGCGAGCUGAUGACAAUGGAGAGGGUGGUACUAUUGCUCUCUAUUCACUAAUUUGCAGGCAUGCCAAAGUAAGCCUUCUCCCCAACCGCCAAGUUGCUGAUGAAGCUCUUUCUACAUAUAAACUUGAACACUCACCUCAGGCAAAGAAUAGCUCCAGAGUGAAACUUUUGCUUGAGAAGCACAAAUCCUUGCACACAGCUUUAUUGAUUUUGGUACUCCUAGGCACUUGUAUGGUCAUUGGAGAUGGGCUACUCACUCCAGCUAUAUCUGUUUUCUCUGCAGUUUCUGGCCUUGAGCUAUCCAUGUCAAAAGAUCGACACCAAUAUGCUGUGAUUCCAAUCACUUGCUUCAUACUGGUGUGCCUAUUUGCACUACAACACUAUGGCACACAUCGCAUAGGAUUCUGUUUUGCACCAGUGGUUCUCACUUGGUUACUAUGCAUUAGCGCUCUCGGUUUAUAUAACAUCUUUCGCUGGAAUCCACAUGUCUACAAAGCUCUUUCUCCAUAUUACAUGUUCAAGUUCUUGAAGAAGACAAGAAAAAGAGGUUGGAUGUCUUUGGGUGGCAUCCUUUUGUGCAUAACAGGCUCAGAAGCAAUGUUCGCUGACCUUGGUCAUUUUUCUUAUACUGCAAUUCAGAUUGCUUUCACCUUUAUGGUAUAUCCAGCUCUAAUUUUGGCUUACAUGGGUCAAGCAGCUUUCUUGUCAAAGCAUCAUGAUACCAACUACCAGAUUGGAUUUUAUGUGUCAGUUCCAGAACAUGUAAGGUGGCCAGUCCUUGUUAUUGCCAUCCUUGCUUCAGUGGUUGGAAGCCAGGCAAUCAUCAGUGGAACAUUCUCUAUAAUCAACCAGAGUCAGUCGCUUGGUUGCUUUCCAAGAGUUAAGGUCAUUCAUACUUCUGAUAAGAUACACGGCCAAAUUUACAUCCCUGAGAUCAAUUGGACACUCAUGAUCUUCUGUAUUGCUGUUGCAAUUGGAUUCAGAGAUGUAAAACACAUGGGAAAUGCGUCCGGAUUAGCAGUGAUGGCUGUAAUGCUGGUGACAACUUGCCUCACAUCAUUGGUCAUCAUACUCUGUUGGCAUAAACCUCCAAUUGUAGCCCUUUGCUUCCUCCUUUUCUUUGGUUCCAUUGAACUGCUCUACUUCUCUGCCUCCCUCAUUAAGUUUCUUGAAGGUGCCUGGCUUCCAAUCCUCCUUGCACUCUUCCUAGUCAGUGUCAUGUUUGUUUGGCACUAUGCCACUGUCAAGAAAUAUGAAUAUGACCUCCACAACAAGGUCUCACUAGAAUGGUUAUUAGCCUUGGGCCCAAGUUUGGGCAUUGCUCGAGUCCCUGGCAUUGGUCUUGUUUUCACUGACCUAACAUCAGGCAUACCUGCCAAUUUUUCACGUUUUGUCACAAACCUUCCUGCUUUCCACCGCGUUCUUGUUUUUGUAUGCGUAAAAUCAGUGCCUGUCCCCUUUGUACCCCCAGCUGAACGAUAUCUUGUGGGUCGCGUGGGUCCCCCAGGUCACCGAUCCUAUAGGUGCAUAGUCCGAUAUGGUUACCGUGAUGUUCACCAGGAUGUCGACUCUUUUGAAUCCGAACUGGUCAGUAAGCUGGCUGAUUUCAUCCGCUUUGACUGGUUUAAAGCACGUGGCAUAAUUGAUACGUGUAAUGAGGAAGAUGGCUCUCGAUCUGGUGCAUCAUCGGGUGAUUACAAAUUGGCAGUGAUAGGAACGGUGGGUUUCGCUGGCACACCAGCUUUUGAGAUUGAGGAAGACCUGCAACCAGCAAGCGUAUCUGUUGGCUUCCCAACAAUAGACAGUGUGACGGAUGCAAUAGAAAUGGAACCAGUCGGUGUCGUUGAAAGAAGAGUUAGAUUUGCUGUUGACUACGAGUCUGAAGCUGAUUCACGGCCUGAAAUGGACAUCCAACUCCGUGAAGAGCUUGAAGAUUUGUAUGGAGCUCAACAAGCUGGGACUGCUUUCAUCCUUGGUCACUCACAUGUGAGAGCAAAACAAGGAUCGUCUCUUCUUAAGAAGUUGGCAAUUAAUAUUGGUUAUAAUUUCUUGAGGAGGAAUUGCAGGGGACCAGAUGUGGCGUUAAAGGUGCCUCCGGCCUCGCUCCUAGAGGUUGGCAUGGUUUACGUAGUGUGAGCACUUUUGUGGAAGAUGAAGUCCUGCUGUUGCUUGUAGUUGUGGCUUGUAUUGUAGUCUGCUGUUACAAACCUUGUCUAAAGCAGGUGUAGAAGGUAGGUCAUCGUACAGAACAUGGGAUCAGAUAGGAAAAAUGUUUUGGGAAAACUGUCUCCCCAAAAAGCGAAAAUCUACUUGAAAGUUCGCGAAUGUGAUAACGGAAAUGAAAGGGGACACAGAAAAUGGGGAAAAAAAAAGGUGGGGUUCCUUGCGGGUCACUUAAUUUUUCUUGGUAACUCG